AAAAGAUAUUACAAUGAGUUCUGAUCGUAAAAAGUGGUCGAUUCGCUCUUCUGACGUGGCCAAAAGAGCACACAAUCCUAUCCGUCAAAUCGUCGAUAAGCUCAAGCUGGAUCCCAAGGCUACCAAAGAAUUCAUCAGUUUAUCUGUCGGCGACCCAACUAUUUUCGGUAACUUUAAUGUCGACAAGAGUGCAAAUGAAGCCAUUGUACAUCAAUUGAACACAUUCAAAGCUAAUGGCUACCCACCUGCUCAUGGUACUUUGGCUGCUCGUCAAGCCAUUGCAACAAAGUUUGGCGUUCCUGAAGCUCCUUUGACAGCCAAUGAUGUAAUUGUGGCCAAUGGUUGCUCAGGUGCCCUGGAGAUGUGUUUGAAUGUAUUGUGUGACCGUGGGCAAAAUAUCCUUUUACCUCGUCCUGGUUUCCCACUCUAUGCUAGUUUGGCUGAGACUCGCUAUGUUGAGACAAAGUACUAUGAUCUUGUGCCUGAAAAGAACUGGGAAGUGGAUGUUGUUCAAUUGGAAAAGCUUAUUGAUUCAAAGACUGCUUGUAUCUUGGUCAACAAUCCUUCCAACCCUUGUGGAUCUGUGUACUCAAAGGAACAUCUGAAGGCCAUCUUGGCAGUUGCUUCUAAGCACCAUGUUCCUAUCAUUGCUGAUGAAAUCUACUGGGAUCUCGUAUUCAAGGGCAACACAUUUUACCCCAUGGCCACCUUGACAACCGAUGUACCCAUUCUUUCUGUGGGUGGACUGGCAAAGAAGUGGAUGGUUCCUGGCUGGAGAGUGGGAUGGAUCACUGUACAUGACCGUCACGGUGCAUUUGCAGAGAUCUUGGAAGGUCUCUUGAACCUUUCUCAGAUCAUUCUUGGUCCCAACUCAGUAAUCCAGGCUGCUUUACCCGAGAUCCUUCUCAAGACACCCGAGUCUUAUUAUGCUGGAAACAUUAAGCAGCUCGAGUUGAAUACCAAAAUCAGUGUUGAUGCUGUGUCCAAGAUUCCAGGUCUUUCACCUGUUAAACCCCAGGGUGCUAUGUACAUGAUGGUUGGUAUCGAUAUUCCUAAGUUCAAGGAUAUUUCUUCAGACGUUGAAUUCAGUCAAAAGUUGAUGGCCGAAGAAUCUGUGCUGUGCUUGCCAGGAGAGUGCUUCAACUAUCCCAACUAUAUCCGCAUUGUCAUUACACCCACUGUCGAUCGUCUUGAGGAAGCUUACAAGCGUAUGGCCCUGUUCUGCGCCAGACAUCACAAAUAGAGAGGUCACAGCAACAACAGCAAUAGCUACAUGAAUAACAGUAAUAAUAAUUAAAGAUAUUAUUCUAUUCUAGUUUUGUAUAAAUGAAUAAAUACACAUGAACCCAU